AUGGAUGCGCAAAGACCUAUUCAGAGUCCAAGGCAGACUUUCGAUUAUGUCAAAGAAGCUGCUCUCCAUGUCAGCUUGAGCCUCACGAAGUCAUCAGGUGGUCAACCUGUAGGCCGCAUAGCCGGCGUCAUGUGCACCGACAACCAUUGGCGUCGCCCCUAG